AUGCUGGGGCACACGUGGACCCAGUUCCUUGUGAUGCGUCUGAGCACACUCGUAGCUGCUACUCUGGGACAUAUGGAAUAUCGCCGCAGCCCCGCGGCUUCUCGCUCUCCAAAGCUACGGAGGAAGCGUGUGUGUGUGCGCGUUUCGGGGCCUCUUGAGGCGCGGUCGUCCCCGCGGAGCCCCUCGCGGGAGGGGGCUGGGGCGCGAGCGCCCAAACUCGGCCUGCGGGAGGCAGCCACGUCAGAACAGUUGUUUAGUUCUGCUGAAGGUGUGUUCUCCCACUGCAAAGCCGAGCAUCAGUUUAAUGUUUGUGAUGUGAUCAAGAAACAUGGACUUGAUUUUUAUGGAUACGUUAAACUAAUAAACUUUGUUAGAUUAAAGAAACCAACAGCAGCAUAUUUGAGUUCACUCAGCAGCCCGCUGCCUUGGGAAGGAGAGGAGUAUUUGAAACCAGAGCUAGAAGAUGAUCUCCUACUUCAGUUUGAUAUAGAAGAUCUUUGUGAACCUGCAAACGUUUUGCCUUCUAAUGGUUUAAAUGAUACCGUGAUGCUCCUUGAACAAUUAAAACAUGCAGAACACAGAGCAAGACUUGCAGAAGCAGCCUUGGCUAGAGCACAAGAUGAUCUUCAAAAAAUGAAGCAAUUUGCGCAGGAUUUUGUGAUGAACGCAGAUGUCAGAAGCAGCUCGUCAUCCAGCGCCAUUGCAGACCUUCAGGAGGAUGAGGAUGGUGUUUACUUCAGCUCCUAUGGGCAUUAUGGGAUACACGAAGAGAUGCUAAAGGAUAAAGUGCGUACAGAAAGCUAUCGUGACUUCAUCUAUCAAAACCCACAUAUCUUCAAGGACAAGGUGGUAGAGUGCUAUUCAACUGCUGGAGGGUGCAAAGUGCUGAUAACAGAAGUGCUGAUCGCUAUUGUCAUUGUUCUGUGUGCCAUGUCGGGAUGUUCAUUAAUUAUAUUAAAUAAACUUGACAAUAUCAUUAUAUUAGUCAAAGGAAGAAUCGAAGAAGUAGAUCUGCCUGUGGAAAAAGUGGAUGUAAUUAUAUCUGAAUGGAUGGGUUAUUUCCUUCUCUUUGAGUCAAUGCUGGAUUCUGUCAUCUAUGCAAAGGACAAGUACCUGGCAGAGGGAGGCUCAGUUUACCCUGAUGUUUGCACCAUUAGUCUUGUAGCUGUUGGGGAUAUGAAUAAACAUGUGGACAAGCUACUCUUCUGGGAAGAUGUAUAUGGCUUUGACAUGUCUUGCAUGAAGGCGGCUGUAAUUCCAGAAGCUGUUGUGGAGGUGCUGGAUCCAAACACACUGAUAUCUACAGCCAGUGUCAUUAAGCAUAUUGACUGCAAUACUGCAUCCACUCCAGACUUAGAAUUCUCCUCGGAUUUCACCCUGCCCAUUACAACGAGCACAAAGUGUACGGCAGUUGCUGGUUAUUUUGAUAUAUUUUUUGAGAAGAACUGUCACAACAAGGUCUUGUUUUCAACUGGUCCCCAGUGUACCAAAACACACUGGAAACAGACAGUUUUUCUCCUGGAGAAACCAAUUCCUGUAGAAGCAGGAGAGGCCCUGAGAGGAAAGGUAACAGUCCGCAAAAACAGAAAGGAUCCACGGUCCCUCUUUAUAACGCUUUCAGUGAAGGACACACAGCAGACCUACAGCCUUCAGUGAAAACUCUGCGCAUAUAACUUUGGGAAAUGUUAAAUUUAAAUUUAAGACUUAACUGUUGAUAACUGUUUCUAACUAUCCAAAAAUGGUAAACUCUUGGAUUUGUGUAUGUAUAUGCACACACAAGAAUAUGAGAAGUUUACCUAGAACUGAGAGAGUUCUGUUUAGAUGCUUUUGCACUGGGAUAUGGAGACUGAUGACAAAAUCAGAUUCGUCUGUGUUUCACAUGAUGUGGGGAAGGCAAGAAAGAUGGUUUUGGGUUACGUGAGACUGCUGGAUGAGAAAAAUCAGAUUAAAGUCUUGCUGUGAGGAAUAAUAAAUAUGAUCUCUCUAUUGUUUUAUUCUCCAACUGGCGAAAUCCUUGUGCAAUUUUUUUUUAGGAAAGAAGCAGCUAAAUCAUGUACCAGUGCACCUCAACAGUAGCUGGAAAAUCCCAGUGGGAAUAAGUUUGGAAUUCCAACUGCAGGAUUGCAGCAACAAAGGCUUUAUUUUUAUUACGCUUCUAUAAUUAAAAAGUUGUAUCACAUUGCAGUUACAUUUAUCUAAAUAAAUGAACCGAGUAGGUUAUAUAAUGC